AUGAAGACCACUCUUGCCACCAUCACUCUCCUCAUCUUGGCUCUCGGCUGGACCUCUGAGGCUGUGCAAAUCGAAGAGAAUGGAUUGUCUUUCUCGAUGGAAGGUGUGCAGAGGCUUCAGGAGCUGAUGAAAGGUGUGGCAGAACGACAAAGUCCACGCCUGAGGGCAAACACCGUGUCUCUCUGUGCCAACCCAAUGCUCCCACAGGAAUUCCUGCCCCUCUGUAAGCAGAGAGGAGCAUCUGCAUCUCUUGCCAGACUAGCUGAAGUUCCCAUGGACGUCUGUGAGAUCUGUGCCUUUGCUGCCUGCACUGGCUGCUAAAUAAACCCAGCAAGCAAGAAACAUUUUCCCAGCUUAAAACUUGAUUUUGUUUCCUCUCUCUGAAAAUUAUUUCAGGGGAUUUCUUAAAGAUAUGCCUGCAGUGACUUAUUGUUCCCUGAAUACAGAGAUUCUGACCCACUGGGCACUUUAUGCAUUUUGGAAUCACUACUAAAAAAUAGCACAUAAACUGAGGUAUGUUUUUUUGCAAACUGUUACUUUGUGGCAUAUUUAUCACCUUUUUUCCUGAUGACAGUGCU